CAUCAAAACCACCACGACCACUUUCAUUCAAAACCAACAAUGACGAUAAUGGUGAUAUUAACAGCAAUAGUAAUUACAAAUACCCAUCUAGAAAACAAAAUUUCAUCAAGAUUGACAUACAAAUUCUUACAAUUGAAAAUACCAAAGGAAAUAUUUACAAAAGUCAAAAUUCCUCAAGACAACACUCUAUAGCUUUCCUAGUCAAAUAUGAGAGAUCAGAAAUAGUAAUUUGUUUAUGUGGAUUUAAAUACGAAAUAAUCAUACCUUUUAGUGAAUUGAAUGGUUUUAAAAUUGAAAAGACAGGAAAAAUUGAAAUGAAAUUGAAAAAUAAUUAUGAAAAAUGGGUUUAUUAUCAUAAUAAAGGAUUUCCAUUUUUAGAUCCACCAGUAUUAUCAAAAAUUUCAUUGGUUUGUUAUUUUUCUGGAAUAUCUAAACAUUUACCAUUCCCUUCUGAUGGAAGAUUUGCUGACUUGAUUUCAAAGAUUAAACAAACAUUUGAUUUGGAUAUAACUAUGUUUGAAUAUCUUGAUUAUUUAGCACAAGAACAAAUCACUGUUCUUGAUGAGGAAGAUUGGGAAGUUGCUAAAUCAAAUGCAUUUCAUAUUCAAGGAACUCAUGCAAAAACUUUGAAAUUAUAUUUUAAUCAAUAUUAUAAUAAUGGCGGUAACAAUAUUAGUGAUAAUGAUUAUUAA